GGAGCACGAUGACAACAUGGCACAGCUGCUUGUACCGCCCGGACCUGACAGCUUCCACCCCUUCGUCCCCGAGUCGUUGGCCGCCAUCGAAAGGCGCAUCGCCGAGGAGGAGGCUCGGAGACCGCGGGCGGAGCGCCGCAGUGACAACGACGAUGAAGACGGGCCCAAGCCCAACAGCGACCUGGAGGCCGGAAAGAAACUGCCCUUCAUCUACGGAGACGUGUCUCCUCAUCUGGUGUCCACUCCACUCGAGGACCUGGACACCUACUACAGCAAUCAGAAGACCUUCAUAGUAUUGAAUCAUGGAAAGGCGAUCUUCCGCUUCAACGCCACGUCUGCCUUGUACAUCCUGAGCCCCUUCAACCCCGUCAGGAGACUGGCCAUCAGGGUCCUGGUGCACUCUAGCUUCAGCAUGUUGAUCAUGUUUACCAUUUUGACCAACUGUGCUUUCAUGACGCUCAGUAAUCCUCCAGAAUGGGCCAAGAAUGUGGAGUACACAUUCACGGGGAUUUACACCUUCGAGUCCCUCAUAAAGAUCCUGGCGAGAGGUUUCUGCGUCGGCAACUUCACCUUCCUCAAGGACCCGUGGAACUGGCUGGAUUUCAGUGUUAUUCUCAUGGCGUAUAUAACAGAGUUUGUAAACCUAGGCAAUGUAUCAGCUCUGCGAACAUUCAGAGUAUUGCGAGCUUUGAAAACUAUCUCAGUUAUACCAGGCCUGAAAACCAUCGUGGGAGCCUUGAUUCAAUCCGUGAAGAAGCUCUCGGACGUGAUGAUCCUGACCGUGUUCUGCCUGAGCGUCUUCGCCCUCAUCGGCCUUCAGCUGUUCAUGGGGAACCUGCGGCAGAAGUGCGUGCGCAUCCCCGUGCCCGGCAACGGCACCAACAGCACCAACGUUACCGCCAACGCCACCAUCGACGACAUCAUGCUCUCCAACAGCAGCCUUCUGGACCUCAACACCACCUUUGCCCUGAAUGUGACCGAGCCGCCUUUCAACUGGACUGAGUACAUCAACGACGACGAUAAUUAUUAUUUCCUCCCCGGUCGUAGGGACGCUCUGCUCUGUGGGAACGGCAGCGGCGCCGGGCUGUGUCCGGAGGGCUUCACUUGCAUCAAAGCCGGUCGUAACCCGGACUACGGCUACACCAGUUUUGACACCUUCAGCUGGGCGUUCCUCUCGCUUUUCCGACUCAUGACGCAAGAUUACUGGGAAAAUCUCUACCAGCAAACGUUACGAGCGGCAGGUAAACCGUACAUGAUUUUCUUCGUCCUGGUCAUCUUCUUGGGCUCGUUCUAUCUCGUGAACCUGAUCCUGGCCGUGGUGGCGAUGGCGUACGACGAGCAGAACCAAGCCACGAUAGAAGAAGCCCAGCAGAAGGAGGAGGAGUUUCAGGCGAUGCUGGAGCAGCUCAAGAGGCAACAGGAAGAAGCGCAGGUUGCCGCGGCAGCAGCCACCGAGAGCGGCGAGUACAGCGGGAGAGGGGGCCUCACCUCGGAGUCCUCCUCGGGGGCGUCUAAGCUCAGCUCCAAAAGCGCCAAGGAGCGACGCAACAGGCGCAAGAAGAGGAAGCAGAGGGAGGAGGAGGAGGAGCGCGGCGUCCGGGAAAAGUUCCACAAGUCGGAGUCCGAGGACAGCAUCAAGAGGUCGAGUUUCCGCUUCUCCAUAGACGCCAACAGGCUCUCGUACGACAAAAGAUGCUCUUCACCCAACCAGUCCCUCCUCAGUAUCCGGGGGUCGCUCUUCUCCCCCCGGAGGAACAGCAGAGCCAGCCUCUUCAGUUUCCGCGGCCGAGCUCGUGACAUGGGCUCGGAGAACGACUUCGCGGACGACGAGCACAGCACAUUUGAGGAGAACGACAGCAGACGGGGCUCGCUGUUCCUCCCGCGGCGGUUGGAGCGGCGUUGCAGCGCCAUCAGUCAGACCAGCCUGGGGGCACCGCGGGUCAUUCUGCCCGCCAACGGCAAAAUGCACUGCGCCGUCGACUGCAAUGGUGUGGUGUCUUUGGUCGGAGGCACGUCUGUCACCACCUCUCCUGUAGGUCUCCUGCUGCCUGAGGGCACAACCACGGACACGGAACUGAAGAAGCGGCGCUCGUUCCAUCAGCCGUCCAUGGAUUAUCUGGAUGAACCCGGAGGCCGACCGCGAGCCAUGAGCGUGGCCAGUAUCCUCACCAACACCAUGGAAGAACUUGAAGAAUCCAGACAGAAGUGCCCCCCCUGCUGGUACCGGUUCGCCAACACAUGUCUGAUCUGGGACUGUAAUCCAGCCUGGCUCAAAAUCAAGGAGAUCGUCAGCAUGGUGGUUAUGGACCCGUUUGUAGACUUGGCCAUCACAAUCUGCAUCGUCCUCAACACCCUCUUCAUGGCCAUGGAGCACUACCCCAUGACUAACGAGUUUAAUAAUGUUCUCAGUGUCGGAAACCUGGUGUUUACGGGGAUUUUUACGGCAGAAAUGUGCUUGAAGAUCGUCGCGUUGGACCCGUACUAUUAUUUCCAGGAGGGUUGGAACAUCUUCGACGGCAUCAUCGUUAGUUUGAGUUUGAUGGAGCUCGGUUUAGCUAACGUGGAAGGACUGUCCGUGCUCAGGUCAUUUCGAUUGCUGAGAGUCUUCAAACUGGCGAAGUCCUGGCCCACCUUAAACAUGCUCAUUAAGAUCAUCGGGAACUCCGUGGGCGCUCUGGGAAACCUGACGUUGGUCCUGGCCAUCAUCGUGUUCAUUUUCGCCGUGGUGGGAAUGCAGCUUUUCGGGAAGAGCUACAAGGAGUGCGUGUGUAAGAUUUCGGAAGACUGCGAGCUGCCGCGCUGGCACAUGCACGAUUUCUUUCACUCGUUCCUCAUCGUUUUCCGGGUGCUUUGCGGAGAAUGGAUCGAGACCAUGUGGGACUGUAUGGAAGUGGCCGGGCAAACCAUGUGCCUCAUCGUGUUUAUGAUGGUCAUGGUCAUUGGAAAUCUGGUGGUUCUAAACUUAUUCCUGGCUUUGCUCCUGAGCUCGUUCAGCGCCGACAAUCUCGCGGCGACCGACGACGACAGCGAAAUGAACAACCUCCAGAUCGCGGUGGGGCGGAUCCAACGAGGCAUCGCCUUCGUCAAAUCUUCCGUCCGCAGCUUUUGCCGGAGCCUUUUCUUCGGCGGAGGUGGGAAAGGCUCCUCGGCUCUGGCUGAGGAGAGCAAACCCCUGGACGAACUGCACAGCAACGGCAAAGGAAACUGCAUCUCCAACCACACGUCGGUGGAGAUCACUAAAGACCCGAGCGGCGUGUACGUGACGGAGGGAAACGGCCGGCCCGGAGGCUUGGUGGUGCCCGUCGGUGGCGACACGGGGAAAUACCCUGUGGAGGAGUGUGACUACAUGUCGUUCAUUCAUAACCCCACCCUCACUGUCACUGUGCCCAUAGCUGUGGGAGAGUCGGACUUUGAGAACCUCAACACCGAAGAUUUCAGCAGCGACUCGUCAGACAUCGAGGGCAGUAAAGAGAAGCUGGACGUGGAGCCGCCGCAUCUGAGCUCCUCUGAGGGGAGCACCGUGGACAUCCGGCCUCCGGGGGGCGACGGCGUGGAUUCGAUCGAGCUCGAGCCUGAAGAGUCGCUCGACCCAGAGGCCUGCUUCACGGAGGGCUGUGUACGCAGGUUCCAGUGUUGCCAGAUCAACGAGGAAGGAAGCCAUUUUAAAAGCUGGUGGACGCUACGCAAAACCUGCUUCAUCAUCGUGGAGCACAACUGGUUCGAGUCCUUCAUUAUCUUCAUGAUCCUCCUCAGCAGCGGCGCGUUGGCCUUCGAGGAUAUUUACAUCGAGCAGCGGAAGAACAUCAAAACGGUGCUGGAGUACGCAGACAAAGUGUUCACGUACAUAUUCAUACUGGAGAUGCUGUUGAAAUGGGUGGCGUACGGAUUUGUCAAGUACUUCACCAACGCCUGGUGCUGGCUGGACUUCCUCAUUGUUGACGUGUCCUUGGUCAGCCUGGUGGCUAACGCUCUGGGCUACUCUGAGCUGAGCGCCAUCAAGUCUCUGCGGACGCUGCGAGCCCUCCGGCCACUGAGGGCGCUGUCUCGGUUUGAGGGCAUGCGGGUCGUGGUAAACGCUCUGCUCGGAGCCAUCCCCUCCAUCAUGAACGUGCUGCUCGUCUGCCUCAUCUUUUGGCUCAUUUUUAGCAUCAUGGGAGUGAACCUUUUCGCCGGGAAAUACUUCUACUGCGUCAACACGACCACGGACGAGGUUUUCUCCAGCUCCGUCGUCUACAACAAGACGGAGUGUCUGCUCCUGGCCAAUGAGAGCGCUCGAUGGAAGAACGUCAAGAUCAACUUUGAUAAUGUGGGAGCAGGUUACCUCGCUCUGCUGCAGGUGGCGACGUUCAAAGGCUGGAUGGACAUCAUGUACGCCGCCGUCGACUCAAAAAACAUCGGGGACCAGCCUGAAUAUGAAAAGAACCUGUACAUGUAUCUGUACUUCGUCAUCUUCAUCAUCUUCGGCUCCUUCUUCACCCUCAACCUCUUCAUCGGCGUCAUCAUCGACAACUUCAACCAACAGAAGAAGAAGUUUGGAGGUCAGGACAUCUUCAUGACGGAGGAACAGAAGAAAUACUACAACGCCAUGAAGAAGCUCGGCUCGAAGAAACCGCAGAAACCCAUCCCUCGGCCGACGAAUGCAUUUCAAGGCUGCGUGUUCGACUGCAUCACGAAGCAGGCGUUUGACAUCGUGAUUAUGAUCCUGAUCUGCCUGAACAUGGUGACGAUGAUGGUGGAGACGGACGACCAGACCAAAGACAUGGACAACAUCCUGUACUGGAUCAACCUGGUGUUCAUCGUCCUGUUCACGGGGGAGUGCGUGCUCAAGAUGAUCUCACUGCGGCACUACUACUUCACCAUCGGAUGGAACAUUUUUGAUUUUGUCGUCGUGAUUUUAUCGAUAGUUGGUAUGUUUUUAUCUGAAGUUAUCGAGAAGUACUUUGUGUCGCCCACGCUGUUCCGAGUAAUCCGUCUGGCCAGAAUCGGCCGGAUUCUUCGCCUUAUCAAAGGUGCCAAAGGCAUCCGGACGCUGCUGUUCGCUCUGAUGAUGUCGCUCCCCGCCUUGUUCAACAUCGGCCUCCUGCUGUUUCUGGUCAUGUUCAUCUACGCCAUCUUUGGCAUGUCAAACUUUGCCUACGUGAAGCGCGAGUCGGGCAUCGACGACAUGUUUAACUUUGAGACAUUUGGGAACAGUAUGAUCUGUUUGUUUCAGAUCACCACGUCCGCCGGCUGGGACGGACUGUUGGCUCCGAUUCUAAACAAGAGAGAGCCGGACUGUGACAGCCAGAUGGAGCACCCGGGAAACUCUUACAAAGGCAACUGCGGCAACCCGUCCGUGGGCAUCUUCUUCUUCGUGAGCUACAUCAUCAUCUGCUUCCUCAUCGUGGUGAACAUGUACAUCGCCGUGAUCUUGGAGAACUUCAGCGUGGCCACGGAGGAGAGCGCCGAGCCGCUGAGCGAGGACGACUUUGAGAUGUUCUACGAGGUGUGGGAGCGCUUCGACCCCGACGCGACGCAGUUCAUGGAAUACUGCAAACUGUCAGACUUUGCCGACGCGCUGGACCCGCCUUUACGAAUACCCAAACCCAACAUGGCGGCGCUUAUCUCCAUGGACCUGCCGAUGGUCAGCGGUGAGCGGAUCCACUGCUUGGACAUCCUGUUCGCGUUCACUAAGCGCGUGUUGGGAGAAGGCGGAGAGAUGGACGUGCUCCGGGGCCAGAUGGAGGAGCGUUUCAUGGCGUCCAAUCCUUCAAAGGUUUCGUACGAGCCCAUCACCACGACGCUGCGACGCAAACAGGAGGAAGUAUCAGCCAUAGUGAUCCAGAGGGCCUUUCGCCGCUACAUGAUCCGCCAAGCCAUGAAGAAGGCGUCGGCCCUGUACAAGGAGCAGCUGAAGGAGUGCAUCCGCGACCCCGAUAAGGACGUCAUGGUCAUCAGCAAAUUCACCGAAAACUCCACGUCGGACAAAACGGACAUGACCCCUUCGACGGCCUCGCCACCUUCGUACAACAGCGUGACGAAAUCCGACAAAAAGGACAAAUACGAGAAGGACAACAGAGAGAAGGAGAACAAAGGCAAAGACUUGAAAGACAGAAAGAAAUAGACUUUUUAAACGUGAACAAAAUGCGACAGAGACUUUGACGAGAUUUUGUUUACAGCCGCGCGGGGGAGUGUGCGAGGAAACGUUCGCUUGUGUGUGAUCGGCUAAAAAAAAAACCCCACAAAAAAACGCCACGCCAAGAGAAGGAGGUACAGUACGCGCGUCGUGUGUGAGUCGAAACGGGGACGACACGAGACUGAAAUGGAGUUUUUCCAGCAGACGCCGCCAGACACGAGUGAAACGCCUUUGCAAAACGCUUGUGGUUAUCCCUUUGGUUGUUGUUCUCUCUGACACCGUUUUGAGUGUACUGUUCAGUUUGUCCGUAGCUAGUGCUGCUGCUAAAUCCAGCGUCUUGAAACGACAAAUUAUAUCGAGUACUCGUUUUUGGGUUUGUCCUUUUUUUAAGAGAAAGAAUGUUUUAUACUUUGCAUCGUUAUCGCGCGAAUGUUUCACCAACCACCAACGCCAGAAUGUCCCUCUGCUGGAGACGAAAGGGAGUUGGUUUUUUUUGCCAAUUUUAAAUCUGCAGUAUCCACAGCUAAACCAGCCGCUUUCCUGGUUUCCGAUUUUACAACGUCGUACUCGCUUGGUUGGUUGGGCGGCCAUUUUUGAUUGUUUCGCAGCCGUUUCCCCGCCGUCAAAACUCAUCACGAUUACGGAGAAUGUAUGCAAGCCGCGCGAUCCGAUCCCACUUCUGACACCCCGUGCUCUUUGUUUUUCGCAGUUGUCGUCGUCCUCCUCCUCAUCCUCCUCCUCCUCCUCUUCCUCCAUCACUCCAGAGCUCUUGUAAAGAAAAUAUUGUAAUGAAACACUGUAUACAGCAGAUAAUCUUUCUAAUACGCUCACGCUCACAAUAUAUAACGAGGACAUUUAAAGGUUAUAUCGCAGAUGUUUGGAUGAUUUUCACGUCGUUGCGGUCGAGAAGCGAGCGAAUACGUGUAGUGGUUUUGUUUGUAUAUAAUCUAGCUAUUUGGGUCCACAGUAUGCAUCACACUUAAGAGCACUUUUUAAUUCCCACUGCUGUGUAAAAAAAAAAACAAACCCACAUCUGGCAGUCAAACGUGUAAGUGCGAAAGAGAAGAACGAACGUGUCCUUCUUGUCUUUGUAGAAGCAAAAGUUCCAUUCGUGUGUGUUUCACCUCGGGGGGUCUGGGGGUUGCUUACGAUUAUAAAUAACAUUUUUACUGUAGAUACAAGUGCGUUUUUUAUUUUCAUUUCCAUACUUUUUUUUUUUUAAGAUUUUAUUUCCAAAACUUUCUGUAGAUACAAACACGAGGCAAUCAGUUUCCAUUUCUCAUCGCGCUUGUGGUGUUUUGGUGAACUGCAUGCAGGAACUGACUACUGUCGCUCAUCUGGUAAUAUCAUUUUAAAGCCAAAAGAAUAAAGGACGUAUUUUUUUGUAA